AUGGGCUCCUCGGAGCGGGUCACUCGAGAAGGUGAGUUGAUCCUUAGAUUCAAGUGGAGUAUGCACCAGGAAGCUGUCCUGCAAACAGGCGCCUACACCGGGUACACUUCGCCCAGGCCAAGAGCAGCGGGAGUCCCCCUGGCCGAUGGUGACCUGCCAGAGCAAAAGCAAGUUAUUCCUGCAUCUCCUCGUUCGUUCCUUAACAUGACGACGCACAAGCUUGUGGAGAUGCCUCGCGCCUACUCUGGCCAGAAGGUGACCAAGGAUUGGAUUCUCACGCAUGGCAUCGCCAACAUGCAGGUGCCCUUCGACAUGGGCUCCUUCCGAAAGGUGAAAGGCGAGCGUGCAGAGGGGGCGCGGCACACGACGUGGUGCAUCGAUGUCGUCUUCAACCCUCUCAUCGUGCAGCUCUUCAUCGACGACGCCUUCUGCAACGCCAUGGAGUCUUUCCGGCCCUUUGUCAUCGGUCUGACUUUGAAGCGGAUAGAGGAAAGCCUCAACGUAAAGUUGGUGGCGUCGUCCAUCAAGCUGAUCAAAGAGUUCAGAUACAAAGAUGGCGAGGAGGGCGGCAACAGCGUGCCCCGGGAGUUUCGAGAGCUCCCCGACGAGCACGACUGCUUCGACGAAGAGCUGCCGCCCGAAGAGCCAAGGACCGAGGAGCCCACGGCUGUGCUGAUAGAGGACAUCACGCCUGGAUACAGCAAGCCGCCGGCGCUCAAAAAGGGCUUUCUCAACAGCGGCAAGGCAGACCUCUACGGCCCAGAAGGAUCCAAGGAGGGCGUCUUGCCCGAGAACGCCGGGGAUCCGCUGGGCUACAUCCCGAAAGGACUUCGCAAGCAGUGCAAGAUUGUGGACACGGGGAGCCCUGAAUAUCAGGCGCAGCAGCGCGAAAAAGAAGCGGCCGAAGAGACCAACCGUAUGCAGCAGGAGUUUCGGGACUCCAUCCUCGGCGACCUGGACAAGUGGACCAAGAAGACCGAGCACGAUCGAUGGGAGGCAGACCUCCCGGACGGGACGGAGCCGACGUCCACGUCGAAGUAUGACAACGACUACUCCAGGUUCGAUGGCAUCAAGGAGGAGCCGGAGAAGCCUGAGGAAGAGAAGCGGGACUACUACUUCGACGAGAGAGGCGUGCCGCAGAAGUUCGAUGCCAAGCCGCAGAAGCGCGGCGCGGAUGCGGAGAUGGCGCAGGUGUUGCAGAAGGGCUUCCUGGAGAAUGCCAAGAAGGCGUUGUACCCGAAGGGCUCCGAGCAGGCUCCCACGGCGCCGAAGGCGAGCAAGCUCGAGGACAUCGAGCAGCUCACAAAGCUCAGCGAGGGCGAGCUCAUGGAGAG